AUGUCUUGGAAGCUCACGAAGAAGCUCAAGGAGACCCAUUUGGGGCCUCUGAGCGCCUUCGCUCGAUCGCCGUCCACCUCGACUAUCACAGAGAAAGAUGAAAAGACACCCUCGGCGUCUGGCGCCGUUACCCCUACAACGGAGAGCGCCAUUGCUGCCUCAGAAGCCAUGGCUCAGGCGCCUGUUGUUACGCCACCAAAGCCUGGCAUUCUAGUCGUUACUCUUCACGAGGGCCAAGGAUUUUCAUUACCGGAAUCACAUCGAAACGUCUUCGCAUCACAGCAUCAAGGCUCCCUCUCUACGAGCAAUGCAGCAUCUAGCGUUGCUGGCUCUGUCCGACCCUCAUCUUCUCAACGAGUGGCCGGCUCAUUCAUAAACGGAUCUGCUCGACCACACUCGUCCGCAGGCGGCUUUGGGGCCAUCCCCACUAACCACGGCCGCAUCUCGGGCAAGUACAUGCCUUACGCUCUUCUUGAUUUCGACAAGGUGCAAGUGUUUGUGAAUUCGGUCGAUGGCAAUCCAGAGAACCCACUUUGGGCAGGCGGAAACACCCAAUACAAGUUUGACGUUUCCCGCGUGACGGAGCUUGUAAUCCACCUGUACUUGAGAAACCCGAAUGCUGGUCCUGGUGCUGGUCGCAGUCAAGACAUCUUCUUAGGUGUUGCAAGGAUCAAUCCCAGGUUCGAAGAGAGACACCCCUACGUUGAGGACCCCAAGGCCAGCAAGAAGGACAGAGAAAAGGCGGCGGCUGAACAUGCACAACGACAAAAGGGUGAAGGUCAAAGUGGCGUCGAUUGGGUUGACGUCCAGUUUGGUACUGGCAAGAUCAAGGUUGGCGUCGAAUACGUUGAAACACGCGCCGGUAAGCUCAAGAUUGAAGACUUUGAGCUGCUCAAGGUUGUUGGAAAGGGUAGCUUCGGCAAGGUUAUGCAGGUUCGGAAAAAGGAUACCAACCGUAUCUAUGCUCUCAAGACCAUCCGAAAGGCUCACAUCAUCUCUCGAUCCGAAGUCGCUCACACCCUUGCAGAGCGAUCUGUGCUGGCGCAGAUUAACAACCCCUUCAUUGUACCCCUCAAGUUCAGUUUCCAGUCCCCAGAGAAGUUAUACUUUGUGCUUGCCUUUGUCAACGGCGGAGAGCUAUUCUACCAUUUGCAAAAGGAACACCGGUUUGAUGUAAACAGAGCCAGGUUUUACACCGCGGAAUUGCUUUGCGCCCUGGAAUGUUUACAUGGCUUCAGUGUCAUCUAUCGCGAUCUUAAACCCGAAAACAUUUUGCUCGACUACCAGGGCCAUAUUGCGCUCUGCGACUUUGGUCUUUGCAAGCUGGACAUGAAGGACGAAGAUCGUACCAAUACCUUCUGCGGUACUCCCGAAUACCUUGCCCCUGAACUACUCAUGGGCAAGGGGUACAACAAGACCGUCGAUUGGUGGACUCUUGGCGUCCUCCUGUAUGAGAUGUUGACAGGUCUACCACCUUUCUACGACGAGAACACAAAUGAAAUGUACCGCAAAAUUCUGUCAGAACCUUUGCACUUCUCUGACGUGGUGCCUCCGGCUGCGAAGGACCUCCUCACCAAGCUUCUAAAUCGAGAUCCCGAAGACGCCGACGCUUUGGACACCGUCAACUUUGAUCCGGAUUUCACCAGGGAAGCACCCCAGGAUUCAUACGUGGAAGGUCCAAUGUUGUCACAAACCAUGCAGAAUCAGUUCCAGGGUUUCAGCUACAAUCGGCCGAUUGCUGGACUGGGAGAUGCCGGCGGUAGUGUGAGCGAUCCCUCGUUUGUGGGGAGCAUUCAAGAUCAACGAUGA